AUGAUUUUUUCGCGACGAAAACAAGCGGCUGGCUCGAUUGAAGGAACUCAGGGAAAAUAUGUGAAACGUGAAACACCACCUUCAGUUCCCUCGUUAUCCGGUGAGAUUUUUGUUUGUUGUCGGAAAAUUUGAAUUUUUUUCUUUUUCUGAAAAGAAAAUCGGUUUUCAGUGGCAAUUUUUCAUUAUGUUAGUUUUUUUUCAACACAUCUGUUGUUAUUUAUCUCGAUUUUCUGCAGAAAAAAUAACAGAAAGUGUUGGAAAUUUUGUGUGAUAUUUUUAGCUUUUCUGAAAGUAGAUCGAAACUUUUUUGAGAGACUCUGACUCAAUAAUAUUUUUUUGAAGAUUAAAAAUUUCCAGAGCAACUUUUUACCUUUCAAAUGUUUAUAGUUUGCACAAGAAAUAGUGUGUGAAACGAGAGAUUUAGACAUCAGAUUGAAAAAUAUAUUUUUUUUAUCCCUAUAAAAUACGCCAUUAAUUUUCCACCUCCGGAAACUAUUAUUCUUUUUUUUUCAAAAACCUCUAAUCAAGUUUCCUCUUCCUAAUUUCUUAUCAAGUUAACAUGUUUUAAUGUUCAUUGGCCAAGAUCAAAAAAUCAAAUCGCGAAUUUUUUAGCAACAACAGUUAGCCGAACUCGACGAAGUCCUGUUGCCGCAUCAACAUUCAUAUUAUCAUCAGUGCCCCCGCCGCCAACAUCAACACCGCCGCCAGAAAGAGCAUCUUCAGAAUCAAUUGUGAUUUAUCAUUCAACACCAGCGCUAGAUUUGAAUCAACAACAAAUCUCUUCAAGUCAACAUCCGUUGGAAAAUAAUAAUACAAGUCAAGAUCGAGAUAUGAAUCAUUUUCAAGAAGAUGACGAGGAAAUUGACGAAUAUAAUGUGACAGAUAUUCAUUUCCAAGAUAGUUCCAAGGAAACGCAUCUUGAUCGACUUCCGUCAAGAUCGACGGUUAGUGAAAAUGAUGUUUAUAAUGAGACAAAUGAUGAGCCAUCGACCAGUUUUGGAGUCAGGAAUAAUAAUGUUUUGAGCUCGAGGAGUUUUAACCGGUUAGUUCAGGGGGAUUUUUGGUUUCUAAUAAUUCCAGUAAUUUUUUUUCACACUCUACAUUUAAAAAGUCAUAAUUCCAGAUAAAUUUUAGAAAUUUGUAAUUUUCAAAAAAAAAAUUUGAAAAAAAAACUUGCCGAAAAAAGUUUGUGACCAGAGAUUUUCAAUGAGACACACAUUUUUCUGUACAGUUUUUCAGUUUUUGCUGAGCGACUCUUCAAAGAGCACAAAAGGAGCCAAACGUGGCGAAUUUUUGAAAUUUUGUGGCUUUGAGAGCCCAAAACUCAUGGAUUUUUAUGAAAAACUGAAGACCAAAGUCACAAUUUUUUUGGGAAAUUAUGUCAGAACUAUUGACUUUGGUAAAUCAACCCUUCUGAACAUAAUUCUGUACUCUGUUUUUGAUGAAAUAUUUUUUAACAUGAGUUACGGGCUCCCAAAAACGCGGAAAAUUCUCAACAUUUGGCUCUUCAGAGAGUCGCUCAGCAAACGGGAUUUUUUCUCAGCGUGAAAACUGUACAAAAAAACGUGUGUCUUAUUGAAAAUCUCUGAAGAUUCAGAUUUUUUUUUGAAAUUUCUUACUUUCAAAGUUUUGUUAAAUUCAAAAUGUCUAGAUUUUUGAAAAAAAAUCUCAAAUUUUUCCAGAGGUGCCUUUCGCUACGUGCCUCGUAAAUCGCUCACCGCCUCCUACUCCAUCGGCAACGUCGAGCAAGGCCUCCGCGAUCUCAGCAUCCGCGAAUCUGGUCUCGCCUCUCCCGCCCAACCUCGCUUCCAAUCCCUUCAAACGCUCCCAAGCGAACACGUGAUGACAAUUCAACAAUACCGCAGUUCUUACGGUGACCUGGAUGGCUCUGAAGAAUUGCCUCUUCCUGAAAAUUGGGCCAUCGAAUUUACCACCGAGAAUCAACGAUAUUAUGUGGAUCAUGCGAAUCGUCGAACUCAUUGGGUGCAUCCAUUAGUGCACGAAAGUCUUCGAGCUGGUUGGAAGAAAAUUUAUGACCCAACUAAUGGUGUUUAUUAUUAUAAGUGAGUGUUUUAUUGGGGGUGUGUGGGCUGAAAUGACGUUAUUUUUUUGCAGCGAACAACACAAAACAAUGCAAUAUGAACAUCCAGGAAUUGCAAAUCCAAUAUUUCGAACAGAAUCAGUGAACGUGGCGAGCAGAUCUUUGAUUGAUCUCAAUGCCAAUUUACAUAUUAUUGAGGAGAAGGAACUUCCACCAUGGUUACUGAUGUAUGCACAAUCCGAUUCAUCGUUGGAUCAUUUGUUGGAGGUUGGUGUUUUCGUUCAGGAUUUUGAGGAUUGAAAGAAAAUCUUGAGAAAUAUCCGUUAGGGCUGAUUCACGAACGAAAAAAAUGGUAAACAAUGUUUUUGUAACAUCGAAAGAUCAAUUCACGAAAAAAAACAUUGUAGGUCAAAAUCAGUUGUUCGAGUUUUUCAACCAAAAAUGAUGACAAAUCAAUAUUUUUCAAGCUUCUGGAGUAAUUUCUGAUGAAAAUAAGCUUCGAGAACCCUGUUUUGAUUUAUUUUAUGAAUUUUUUUUGAAAUUCAUCAAAAUUUAAAUUUUUUUAUUUUACGAAAAAUCAGCAAAAACUUCUGAAAGUAAAUUUCAAGGUCAAUUUUAAUCAGAAAUUACUCCAGAAGCUUAAAAAAUAUUGUUUUAUCAUCAUUUUUGGCUGAAAAACUCGAAAAACUAAUUUUGGCCUGAAAUGUUUUGUUUUUUCGACAUUUUUUUACUUUACGUGAAUUGAUCUUUCGAUGUUAAAAAAACAUUUUUAAACAUUUUUUUGUUCGCGAAUCAGCCCUUUUGAAAAUGGCCCUUCAACAGUUUCUGAUACUUGUUCUCAUCAUCAGAUAGAAAUUCUGAAAAAAAAUUAAAUUUCUGAAGCCCCCCUUCUCACUUCCGACGGGGGAACAUCAAACAAAAGUUCAAGACCAAAAUAACCCUCAUCAUUCAAUUUCUGCAUGAAAAUUAAUGAGAGCAAAUAUUUUACAUUAAUUAUUGGAUCUUUAUCCCAGCACAGCCAUCUCAUCUAAUAAUAACUCCUCAUUUUUUUCUCCAAUAAUAAUUUUGUUCCUUGUUUCAGUGGGAUUUGUUCAACAUUGACCAACUCUCCGAAUAUGAUCAUCUAAUGCUCAAAUUAUAUAAACAAGAAGUCAUUGAAAUUGUCAAAAAAUAUGAGAAAAUGAGGAAUACAUUGAAUCGUGAAAUCCAUCGACGAGAUGUUUCAAGACCACCACCGCCAAGAAGUCAUAUUCAUUUUUAG